AAACUGUAUCUACGGCCGCGUGUCCUGCUGGCACCAUGGGGGCACACCAAGAUAGCCCUAGGGCAGCCUUCUACUAGGGGAGUCAUUACGUGGGUGGGUGAGCGUGAUGAGCGUGGGAGAGGGCGCUGGGGUUUCGCGUGGGGAUGGGCCACGUUUUGCCAUGGGAGCCAUUUCAGCUGAAAAAGCACUGGCACUGUGGAAUAUUUUGCUGUGCCGGAGCCGAAACGUGCGUGGGCUGGGGGCAACAGCAACCUCACCCUGCACGCUGUGACAGCGGCACAUGCGGUGCGGCGGAAUAUUUUGCUGUGCCGGAGCCGAAACAUGGGCUGGGGGCAACAGCAACCUCACCCCGCAUGCUGUAACAGGGGCACAUCCCGUGCGGGGGAAUAUUUUCUGUACCGCACCCGCAUUUGGCCCGCUGCAACAGGACAAGCUUGUUCGCCAUUGCACCAGAUGCCCAGUACCAGCCAUGUGUACCAAGCUGUGUGUUUGUGUAUGUGGAGUUUCUGUUUUGAGAUGGAUGCACGGCACGAAUGGGGGAUUGAGAGAUUGCUGACACGGCCUGGCUUGACACGAACCGUGCAUAGGUCGGGGGCGGAGCCCCCGGAAAAUUUUUGGGACGAAAG